AUGGCGUCUUCUUCCACCAGCUCUCUCUAUCUCCACUCUUUCCCCAAGGCUUCUUCCGGGUCGGGCCAAUGGAGGAGUGGGUUGCGGUUCCAAUUGUUGGGUGGGUCCGUUUCUAGCCACCGACUGUCUGUUUCUCCGGUGGUGUUUCUUCAGCGGAGUACGAGACUUCCGGCGAUCAGGGCUUCACAAAACUCGGAGGGAGGCUCAAGGCGUAGGGCUUAUAAGGAGUCACAGGCGGCUAGUGGCUUUCCUAAUGCUAAAGUGCAGCAGAUUGCAUCUUCCGUCUUGCCCGUGGGCUCAUUUGUUGUCGUCACUUUCGUUUUGUGGAAAGUGGUUGAGAAGUUGAUGUCGCCAAAGUCUCCAAAGGCUUCUGCUGGAGAAAGCAAAUCCUCUGCACAGGGAGUGAAAUGGUCAAUCGGGGCUGGUACAAAUUUGUUACAGGGAUUUGCUGCGAAGGUUGAUAGGGAGGCCAAGCAGAGGCUUAAUGAGUUUGCCAAAGAGCUCAGGUCGUUCAGAAGUGUUGACAUGUCAGGAUGCAACUUUGGAGAUGAAGGACUAUUCUUUCUUGCUGAAAGCCUUGGGUAUAAUCAGACUUUAGAGGAAGUCAGUUUUUCUGCAAAUGGAAUUACAGCUGAAGGAGUUAAAGCCUUUGAUGGUGUUCUUCAAUCCAAUAUUAUGUUGAAAGUUCUUAACCUCUCUGGAAACCCUAUCGGUGAUGAAGGAGCUAAGACUUUAUGUGCUACCUUGAUGGAAAAUUCUACCAUUGAGAUACUUCAGCUGAACAGUACUGAUGUAGGAGACGAGGGUGCGAAAGAAAUUGCAGAGUUGUUGAAGAGAAAUUCAACCUUGAGGGUGAUUGAGCUAAAUAAUAACAUGAUUGACUAUUCUGGAUUCACAAGUCUUGGUGGAGCUCUUCUUGAGAAUAAUACAAUAAGAAAUUUGCAUCUCAAUGGAAACUAUGGCGGUGCUUUGGGUGCCAAUGCUUUAGCUAAAGGGCUUGAGGGUAACAAGUCUUUACGGGAACUUCAUUUGCAUGGAAAUUCCAUUGGAGAUGAAGGGACUCGUGCUUUGAUGGCUGGUCUAUCUUCCCACAAAGGGAAACUUGCUCUGUUAGACCUCGGUAACAACUCCAUCACCGCAAAGGGUGCCUUUUAUGUAGCAGAAUACAUCAAGAGAAGCAAGAGUUUGGUUUGGUUGAACCUGUACAUGAAUGAUAUUGGCGAUGAGGGAGCUGAAAAGGUUGCAGAUGCUCUGAAGCAAAACCGUUCAAUUGCAACUAUUGACAUGGGUGGAAAUAACAUCCACGCGGAGGGAAUUAAUGCUAUAGCUCAAGCUCUGAAAGAUAAUUCCAUUAUUACGACGUUGGAAGUUGGUUACAAUCCCAUCGGACCCGACGGGGCUAAAGCAUUAUCCGAAAUUCUCAAGUUCCAUGGAAAUGUAAAGACGCUCAAACUUGGUUGGUGCCAGAUAGCCGCUAAGGGUGCUGAAUAUGUUGCAGACAUGUUGAGAUAUAACAACACGAUAUCGGUUUUGGACUUGCGGGCAAAUGGACUUAGAGAUGAGGGCGCUUCCUGCUUAGCUCGGAGCUUGAAAGUAGUUAAUGAAGCUCUGACAUCUGUGGAUCUAGGAUUCAAUGAAAUACGGGAUGAUGGGGCAUUCGCCAUUGCUCAAGCUCUAAAGGCCAAUGAAGAUGUCACGGUUACAUCUAUAAACCUCGGGAACAACUUCAUCACUAAGUUUGGACAGAGUGCUCUCACGGACGCUAGAGACCAUGUUCUUGAGAUGACUGAAAAGGAAGUAGAGAUUUUCUUCUAG